AUGGCGGCAAAGACUAUAUGGUACGUGGCGUAUCCCGCCAGCCUCAAACAGUACGACUUGGAGACAGCAUCCAUUUCUGAGGAGCCAGAUUCGCCAUUCAUCAAGGAUAUGACAAUAUUUGCGUCAGCGUAUCAGCUUUGGAAAUUCGUGCUGAAGCCUGUCAUGGGCUUUUCAGACCCCAGGGCCACGACUGCAGUAGCUGAUGCCGGAUCUCUCUGGCCAAGAGGCGGAGAACAAAUGAGAGACAAGGCGCGUCCAGCCAGGUCGGUGAUGUCGGCAAAAUGUGGUUGUGUUGAAAUGCAGUUGAAGAAGGGCUCGCCGUCUCUUGAAGGCUUUUGUGGCUGCAUCACCAGGCCGUCGCAGCAGAAGGGGCCUAACCGAGCCGAUGCGGCUACCGGCCAGAAUACUCUCACAAUCUGUGCUGCGGAAUAG